AUGUUGUUCCAAAAAUCAUUAACGGCAGCUGCCGCAUUAGCUGCAUUUUGUACUUCAUUUACUGAAGCCGGUUCCACCGGUGGUAUUAAAUAUACCGGUGUGGGCUUUUCAGGUUCCUACAAGGACGUUAUCUCUAUGGAUGAUUCUAGUUGUUCAUGUCAACAGGAAGACCAUUCAUUUUCUGGUACUUUUGCACCAUUGGAUGAAGAAUUAUCUGUUCAUUUCAGAGGUCCAGUUAAGUUGUUGCAAUUCGGUGUUUACUACCCAGCAGGCUCACCUCAAAAGAAGAGAGAUCUAAGUGCUGUCGAAGACGGAGACUGCACAGAAACUGUCGCUAAACACAAGCACAGAAGAGAUGUCGCCGUUGAAUAUAAAGAAGUCACUUCAACUCUUGUCGUCCCAUACAGCGGCGAAGCUCAACCAACCGGUGGUGCACCAGCAUCUGGUUCAGGCUCUGCUCACGCUGUUGUCAGCACCGUCUUGGCAACUGCUCCUGCUUCUGGAUCUUCCUCUCCUUCUGGCAGUGCCUCCGUUGACGCUACCGGCGCCUUCGCAAGUCCCGCACCUGGCGUUGGUGCUUUCGCUUCCGUAGCAUCAAGUGGUUCUUCUGCUGCUACUUCUGGAUCUUCAUCUGCUGCUCCAUCCUCUGGUAGUUCCGCUCCUGCUUCAUCCUCUAGCUCCAGCUCUAGCUCUGCUUCUGCUCCUGCUUCAAGCUCUUCCAGCGCACCUUCAAGCUCGAGCUCUGGUAGCUCUUCCGGCGGAUCUGGUUCUUGGUCUCGUUCCGCCUACUAUACCCCAGGUAGCGCAGAUGGUUGUGUUUUCAUGAACCACCAAGGUGGUUCUGGUUCUGGUGUUUGGGACAUGUGUUUCGGUAACUCCAUUUCAUUUGCUGGUGAAGACGGUAAGAGUGCAGCAUCCUCUGCAACUGCUCUUGGUGAAGUUACAUUCAACUCUGACGAAGAAUUCAUGAUCUUUUCAGAUGAAUCAUGUAGCGGUAACGAUUGUGGCUACUACAGAGAGGGUAUUCCUGCUUACCACGGAUUUGGUGGUAGUGAUAAAAUCUUUGUAUUCGAAUUCACCAUGCCAACUGAUUCUACUUCCGGUUUUAACAGUGAUAUGCCAGCAAUUUGGUUAUUAAACGCAAAGAUUCCACGUACUUUGCAAUACGGUAACCAGGAAUGUUCUUGCUGGAAGACCGGUUGUGGUGAAUUAGAUUUGUUUGAAGUUCUCAGCUCCGGUUCUGACCAGUUGAUCUCUCACUUGCACGACGGCCAAGGUAGUGGUACCGAUUCUAACGCCGGUGGUGGUGGUCCAACUGAUUAUUUCACUAGACCAACUGAGACCUCUUUGAAGGCCGCUGUUAUCUUCAAUAGCAACGCUAACACCAUUCAAUUGGUUCAAGUUGAUGACGAUUUCGGCUCCAGUCUAGACAGCUCUACAGUCAACGGUUGGUUAAACAAGGCUGCUUCCAAGGCAAUCUUGAUGUAA